AUUGACACCUUAGUUUGCAAGAAGGCAAGGAUAAGUGUAGAGAAGUAAGAGAAGCUUAGCUGCGCCAUAAGGUGCUAGCAAUGGCCGAGCUGCCGCGAUUCUCCGCGCCGCAUCCGCUCGGCCUCCCCGCAAACCGCUAUUCACAUCCUGUGCGCGUCCUUGGGAAGGGAGCUUUCGGCGAGGUGUACCUAUGCUUCAUCCGGAAGGAACACCCCAACGGUGUUCAGUAUGAACCGGUUGCCGUCAAGAUAUACCAGCCCAUCCAGCCGGGCAAUGAGCGCAUGCUUGAAAUGCUGCGCCGGGAGGUGGAGUGCCAGGGCAGUCUUCACCACCCGCACGUGAUCAGCCUUCGGGAGGUGGGUAUCACGGGUGUUGCCGACCGCAUCUAUCUCAACCUGGAGUUUGCGGACAGCGGUACGCUGAAGCAGCUGCUUGCCGCGCGCGGCGGGAGGCUGACGGAGGGCGAGGCGCGCUGGUACACGCAGCAGCUCGUGUACGGCAUGGCGUACUGCCACGCGCAGGGCGUAUUCAACCGGGACAUCAAGCCGGACAACCUGCUGCUGCACCGCGGCGGACUCACCUGGCCCCUGCUCAAGGUUUCGGACUUUGGAUUGUGCAAGAGCACGGGUCACUCCGCCCCGCACUCGCUGGUGGGCUCACUGCAUUACAUGGCACCAGAGGUGAUCAUCCGCGUCGUCAGCAGCAGCGGCAAUGGCGACAAUGAGAAGUAUGAUGGCAGGAAGGUGGAUGUGUUCUCGUGCGGUAUCGUUCUCUACCAAAUGAUAUUCGGUGCGCUGCCCUUCAACCGGGCACCGGACGGCAGGCCACUGGAAUACAAGUACCGGGAAGACCGAGAGACCUUCCUGGAUAACAUGCGGCUUGACCGCUGGACGCAGCUCAUCCCGCGCUCCGUCCUCGCGCCGCCGCCGGCACCUGCUGGUGGUGGUGGUGGUGGUCAGGAUGAGGCCCUGCAGAAGCAGGGUGGGCAGCAGCAGCCACAACAACAACAACAGCUGCCGCCGGUGCAUCUAAACCCAGCGCUGAUUGACUUGUUGUCCGGCAUGCUUCGAUACGAUGCGGCGCAGCGCAUGACGUUGCGGGAUGUGAUGAUGCAUCCCUGGUACUGCUACGGCUUGCCGGCAGAGUACCAUGCCAUGCUGCUCAAGGCGGGCACGGAGGCGAGGCCAGCAGGGGAGGUGCGGCGGUCACAGACGAAGGAGGAGAUUGCAGAGAUCUUUGCGCGGCUUUCACGACGACUGGGGUCCCAAAAUGCUGCUGCUGCUGCUGCUGUCUGCAGCGACGAUGACGACGCCGAAGCGUACUAAGACGUGUUUGCUUGAUCGCACACAUGGAUGUACGGCGGCGGGAUCUUGCUACACUUUCGGAGGGUCUCUUUGCUCGUGACAACCCAGAUGCAAUCCCACUUGUGACCAAACAGAACCUUAGUUAAUGGUGGGCAUAGUAACGGGCCUUGGAUGCCAAGGGAUGUCUUACGCUAUUACGUUAUAUUAGUCAGCAGGUAGAAUGCGAUACUUUCAAGGUGGAGAAUAUACAGGUACACCUGGACACAAUAGAGUAGCACCCAAUACUUACGUGCCACCAAAAAGUCUGCAAAGACAAAUGAAACAUGGUAUUAUCUCGUUACGUUGAGAUAGGAACGCAUGGUUGGAACUGAUAUAAUGCAGGAAGGUGGUGAUAGUGACGAUGCCUUGCUGGGUGUGUCCUGCUAAACUAUGAAUAUGAAACUGAAUGAGUAUUGCUCGUCGAUUGUUGAGCAGGUGUUGUUAUUAGCCAGUGAUAUACAAGUGGGCAGGGCGGGACUUGUAGGUGGCCGUGAGCCCUGCAACUACUAGUACGAUGGGAUGGAGACUAG